AUGCCCAUCGCCUGCGAUGCGACGCGCGCCAAGCGCGUGCCCACACCGUCGUGUCGCCGCGUGGCCUGCGCGGCCCUUGCCUUCUCCCCCCUCCCUCCCCCCGUUCCCGAAUUCGUGCGCCCGGUGCGCUGGUGUUGCGGGUCGACGACUUUUUAUCUUCUUUUUCGUUUCUUUCCUCUUCUUUGUUUGGUCGUAGAGAUGACUGGGCCCGACCUCCUGUUCGGCCCCCUGCUCCUCGGCGCGCUCUUUGCGGUGCUCCUCUUCGGCGUGCUCGCGGCGCAGGCGCUCACGUUCUUCCUCCGCUCCGCCGCCGCCCCCGGUGCGCGCGGGACGACGGCGCUGGUGGUGUACCUGCUGGCCGCGGCGGCGGCGGCGCUGGUGGUCGAGGCGGGGAGCGUGUACGAGCCGCUCGUGGCGCGGUACGGGACGAUCGCGGCGGCGACCCAGAUUCCUACACUCCUCCCCGGCACGCCGCUCCUCGCCGUGCUCAUCGCCCUCCCGGUGCAGCUCUUCGCCGCCGCGCGGGUGCACGCGCUCACCAAGGCGCGCGUCGCCCCCGCGGGCAUCGCGCUGCUCUCGCUCGUGGCUGCCGGCGCGGGCCUCGCGUUCGGCGCGUCCCUCCUCCACGCCUCCCUUUUCGCCGACCUCGCCGCCGCCGCCACGCGCGUCCCCGCGGCGGUGUGGCUCGGCGCGGGCGCGGCAUGCGACGUCCUGCUCGCCGGCGCGCUCGCGCACGCGCUCCUCACGCGCACCCCCCAUGCUGGGUAUGCCGCCGUCGCCGUCCAGGCCGGCGCGCCGACGGCCCUCAUGGCGGUGCUCGAUCUGGUGCUGGGCGUGGCGUCUCCGAAGACGGCGCUCCGCUUCGCGGCGGCGUUUCCCCGCCCGAUGCUCUACGUGUGCUCGCUCCUGGCGUUGCUCAACGCGCGCCCGCGCGCGGCCCCCGCCGACACCGAGACCGCGCCGCGCACGCUCAGCUUCUCCGAGAAGCCGCGCUCCGCCGGCAGCACCUCCUCCGGCUCCAGCUCCAGCAAGGCCGGCACGCUCGUCUACCUCCACGCGGAGACGUUCUCGCCCGAGGCCGAGGCCGCCACGCCGUCCACGACGAGGGACGACGGCUACGCGUCGUUCUACAGCUACGACGGGCCGCGCACCGCCGCCGCGGGGCACAAGGUCAAGCGGUCCACCGAGAGCGCCGGCGCCGCGACGAGCCGCGGGCCGACGCCCACCCCGAGCCGGCGCGGCAGCACGGUCACGCUCGCGCCCGCCCCGCCGCCGAAGCGCCGCUCGCAGCUGCCCGCCGGCUACACGCCCGCGCCCGCGUCCGCGUCGCCGUCGCCGCCGAACGCGUCCCGCCGCGGCACCCCCACGCCCGAGCUCUCCGCCGCUGCCGGGCCGGCGUACCCCGCCGACGCGGGGCUUCCGCCGCACGCGCAGUUCCCCGCCGUCCCCGGCCCGCCGCAGUUCCCGCCCGCCGCCCUCUCGCCGCUCCGCACCAAGGUGGCCCUCCCCACCGCCCCCCGGAUCACGAUCCCCCGCGCAACUGGCGCUCCCGGGCAGCGCUGGCAGUGGGCCGACGCGUCGCCGCUCAGCGCCGGCGCACGCACCACCAACGCCAACGGCGCCGGCGCGUACGCGCACCGCAGCGGCGCGCGCUCGCACGACCUGCGCCGGCAGCUCGCCGCGUCGCCUCCAGCGGUGCACCCCGCGCCCGCGCCGGGCCGGGUGCGCGCGGCGUCGAGCACGUCCCCCGCCGGGGCCGGCCUGCAGCCCCAACAGCAGCGCCAAGAGGAGGAGGCGCGCUCGCCCGCGCCGUCGUUCAGCUUCGCGGAGACGAUGCUCGCGCCCGCGUCGGACGACGAGGACGCGGACGACGAGCCGGCGGCGACGCCGCGGGCCGCGGCCGCCGGGGCGAAGAGGGGGUAG